UUAAUUCAAAUAAAAUUUAUGAAAUCUUGCAAAAAUACCUCGGAAAAACUGAAAAGAAAAAAUCGGAACCCCGACUACAACUACAACCAAGGUUUUUCUUAGCACACACACACACUAUCUUGAAAACUUGCAAUCUACAGAGGCUCUUUCACAUACACACCUACAUGCAUACACAUUUGAAAUUAUUUUUUGGAUUUGGUGUAUAGUUUUGUUAACUUUUUCGGAGAUUUCUUGAGCUACACAGACAUAUAUGUAUAUUGCAUCUGCAUCUGCUUUACGUUAAAGAAUCGAGUUGUGUUAAAAUGAAUUUAAAGUAAAACAUAAAUAAAAUAAAUAACUAAACAUAAAACAUAAAGUACUUAUUAUAGUAUAGAGAAGUAGAAAAAUAUACAGAAACUAAAACAAUACUGCAUUUCCAUUAAAUGUUGGGGAUAGAUAUGGAAUACAUAAGAAACUAACCUCUUGUAUUGGCUAAGCAUAUUUCUCUGCUUGUAAAGUAUUUUAAGAUAAUUGAAAAUCAUAAGAAAAUAUCCCCCUAAUUCGUAAACGCAACCGAUAUCACUACAUUCGUUCGCUCUUUAUAGUACCAACCAAAUCUCGUUAAGAAAGCAAGAACGAAAGGCAUAACAAGACAAGACACAAACAAUAUUUAGAAAGAAAAUCCCGUUUGACAUAAUCAACUAAUCAAUUUGUAUAUGUAUAUGUAAUUAAGACGACGAAUGAAUUAAAAAUAAUGUCAACAACAAUGCGCACGACAUUACAAACAGUUCCUGAGUCGUUGCCCGCCGAUAGUGUAGCCAAUGAUGGCAAUGCAACGUCAAAGCUCACAUCAUCUAUAACAUCAGGACACAGCGUCAGUACAACUACGAAUGGCACAACAACCCCAACGACAAAUGCGGCAACGUCGCAACAGCAGCAAACAGCGCAACAACAAUCGAGUUCGUCGCAAUCGACUAUACAACAGCAACAACAUCAUAGUGUCAAUAGUUCAGUGCAAUCGGUACAGGAUACUCAUCAACAGCAACAUGAUUCUACAAACGCAAACACCAUUGUACUGCCUUCUACGACUGUCACCACAACAACAACCGUUGCCAAUACUGUAACACCACCCAAUAACGCGGCCACUUGCACUUCAAUUGCAUCGACAACUCUAGCAAAUGCAAAUCAAACACAAAACAACAGUUCGUAUCAACAGCAGCACCACACGACAACACCGUCACAAUCCUCCCAAUCGCAAUCCCAUCAUUGCCAUGCCGGAGCAAAUUCCGUAACAGACGGUUCACGUUCAUCGGCCGUUAUAAAUUCCUCCAGUUCGGCAUCAUCCAAUCAUCAUCACCAUCAUCAUCAUGGCGGUGGUGGUGGUGGUGGUAAUGCCGUAGUAAGUAGCGGCGGAGCAUCAAUCAUAGGUAAAAAUGUUGUUAGCGGUCAUUCAAAUUCAACGGCGGCAGCAUUAAAACAAAGAACUUCAUCAUCAGCUAAGGGAUCUCCUAAUAUGGCUAUUCGCAGCAGUGCACCAAUGCGUUGGCGUGCUACCGAAGAGCAUAUUGGCAAAUACAAACUCAUUAAGACAAUUGGCAAAGGAAAUUUUGCAAAAGUUAAACUAGCUAAACACUUGCCCACCGGUAAAGAGGUGGCUAUAAAAAUUAUUGACAAAACCCAAUUGAAUCCGGGUUCGCUACAGAAAUUGUUUAGAGAGGUCAGAAUUAUGAAAAUGCUUGAUCAUCCCAAUAUUGUGAAACUUUUCCAAGUAAUUGAGACCGAAAAGACUUUGUAUUUGGUAAUGGAAUAUGCCUCUGGUGGUGAAGUUUUUGAUUAUUUGGUAUUACAUGGCCGCAUGAAAGAGAAAGAAGCAAGAGUUAAAUUCCGGCAAAUUGUUUCAGCUGUGCAAUAUUGUCAUCAGAAACGUAUAAUACAUAGAGAUUUAAAGGCCGAAAAUCUGCUGUUAGAUAGUGAGUUGAAUAUAAAAAUAGCAGAUUUUGGUUUUUCAAAUGAAUUUACGCCUGGUUCUAAGCUGGACACAUUUUGCGGCAGUCCCCCAUAUGCUGCACCCGAACUAUUUCAGGGCAAGAAAUACGACGGUCCUGAGGUGGAUGUUUGGUCCCUGGGUGUUAUACUUUAUACCCUAGUAAGUGGGUCAUUGCCUUUUGAUGGCUCCACUUUACGAGAACUGCGGGAACGUGUGCUCAGAGGCAAAUAUAGGAUUCCCUUCUACAUGUCUACUGACUGUGAAAAUCUUUUGCGUAAAUUUUUAGUAUUGAAUCCGGCUAAACGUGCUAGUCUCGAAACGAUUAUGAGUGAUAAAUGGAUGAAUAUGGGGUUUGAAGAUGAUGAAUUAAAACCCUAUAUUGAGCCUAAGCAAGACCUAGCCGAUGUCAAACGGAUAGGUAAGACGGAAGCUCUUGUUGCAAUGGGCUAUAAUAGGCAGGAAAUCGAAGCUUCAUUAUCACAAGUUCGUUAUGAUGAUGUGUUUGCAACGUAUUUAUUGCUGGGAAGAAAAAGUACUGAUCCUGAAAGUGAUGGUUCUCGAUCUGGCUCUUCACUUUCUUUGCGCAAUAUAUCUGGUAAUGAUGGGACAGCUAUAUCUGCAAAUGCUUCUGUGCAAAGCCCAACACACCGUGGUGUCCAUAGAAGCAUUUCUGCUUCUAGUACAAAACCAAGUAGAAGGGCAUCUUCAGGGGCUGAUACACUACGUGUUGCUCCUGGUAAUACAGCUGGUCACGUUGCUACCACAGGAACAGCUGGUACCGUUCCGUCCAGCACUAAUUAUGCAAUUGCUGGUACUGGAUCAUCUGCAGAAAGAUCUUCAAUAAGUAGCAACUUUAAGCGCCAAAACACCAUAGAUUCAGCUACAAUCAAAGAAAAUACAGCACGACUAUCGGCUCAAAAUCAAAGGCCGGCAUCUGCCACACAUAAAUUAUUAGCAACAGCAGAUACUUCUAUUAGUAGUCCCAAACCCCGUUCUACACCCAAAUACGAUCCACCAAAUAGUAAUCGUCCUUCGGCUACUGUUAGCAUGAUGCCACGACGCUCAACAACACUAUACGAGAAGACUUCUUCAACCGAGAAAACAAAUGCAAUUUCAACAGAUUCAAACGUGUUCAACGAUCUUAGAGUGACAUCGGCUGUUAAAUCUGGCAGACAUUUUCCCAGGAAUGUUCCAUCACGUUCAACCUUUCAUUCGGGUCAAACUAGGCCACGUAAUAACACUGCUUUGGAGUACUCAGCCACAGGUGGUGUGCCCGGGGAAUCUCCCCAUCCAGGUCGCAUGAGUUUCUUUUCAAAACUCUCCUCGCGGUUUAGUAAGCGCAGCAAUUCGAAUACCGAAGAAUCGGCUAAGCCCAGAGUACUGCGUUUUACCUGGUCGAUGAAAACUACGUCGCCCUUAAUGCCCGAUCAAAUAAUGCAAAAGAUAAGAGAAGUGCUAGAUCAAAACAACUGUGACUACGAACAACGUGAAAGGUUUGUUUUGUGGUGUGUUCAUGGCGAUCCUAACACUGAUUCGUUAGUACAGUGGGAAAUAGAAGUUUGUAAACUACCACGUCUGUCACUAAAUGGAGUUCGUUUUAAACGCAUUUCUGGCACUAGCAUAGGUUUCAAAAAUAUUGCGUCACGUAUUGCGUUUGAUCUACGUCUGUGAUUUUGUCAGGAGAAGGGGAGUCUAAGCAAAAGUAACGAGUCAACUUUUUGAAAGAGACCCCUUACCAUCAUAAUACAAACUGCUAAAACUACUACUAUCCCUUUUUUCUCUCUCAUCAAAUCACUAUAAUAUCCCUAGAUACAACCACAUAUAUAUACAAUCAUACAUACCCUUACACUUCUACAAUAUUUUAUCUUCUUUUUAUCUUUUCAUUUAAUUAACACAAUAGUGCAUGCACAAUUUACAUACAUAUGAAUGUACAUCCAUACACAAACACACACACACUAUAUGCAUAUUAGAAUGUCCUGUUGGAAUUUUUCUUCAAAGAAACCUAAACGUCACGUAUAUGAUGAGCUGAAUAAGAAAACACAAACAGACGACGAAUUCAAAUAUUUCUAAUAUCAAAUAUCAGUCAAUAUUGGGAAACUGAAGACUUUUUAAAGCUUCAUUUUAAAAUUUUUACAUAUUCAGUCCAUAAGAAAUAUAAAUUUGAAGACGGCUUUAUGCUUUCGUAUUGAAUUAUAGAGUAAAACGACGACAGGAUUAACAUUCUUAAGGCAUUCUAAAUAUAUCCACAUACACCCACACAUACAUACAUACAUACAUACAUAUAAACAUUAAGAAUACAAAAAAUAAUUAAAUAACAAAAUUAAUUUGUUAAAAUACAUACAUAUAUGUACCAUACAUAUACAUUUCGUAUGUAUAGUAAAGUGUAAAACAAACAGAUUUUCUAAGAACAAAAAAUAAUAUAUACAUUAUAGUAGUAUAAAAUUAUAAAUGCACAAUGGAGAAAACAACAAAUAUUAUUAAAGAAACGACAACAACAACAAAAAAAGAAGAAAUAAAAUACAAAAAAAAAUUAAGCGGAAUUCACUUAAGCUCAUGUACAUCAUUCUCGCGCACAUUUUAUUUGAAAUGAAAAUAAAUAAAUUUAUAAAAAUCUAUGUACAUACAUAUAGUAGUUAAAACAUAUGUAUGUAGCUAUGUCAGCCAAUUCCAACAGACAUAUUACGAUAUUGGGGUGUUGAAUAUGAGUUUAUAUGAAACCUCUUUUUUAAAUUAUUAAAUUGAUACAUACAUAUAUACUUGCAUUAUAUGUAUAAUGUGUAUGUUGCAUUAAAUGCAUUCUUCAUAUAUAUAUAUA